GUGUGGUGGACCCUGCCCACGAAGCCUCAUCAACCGUCUAGCUAGCAAGCUUUUACGAGUGUUCAUGAUGCCCGCUUUAUUAGCAUGAGUCGCGAAACAUAAGCAAUAGCUGAAGUGUCAUGUAUGGGAAAUGGCCAUCAAGCUGAACAAAAUAAUUCUUUCUUCUCAGCUUAGAACCUACAAGCGUCAUAAUCAGGAUAGUUCAAAAUGGUUGAGAUAAAUGCAGACAUUGACAACUGGAUAGAACUUGCCAAACAGUGCAAAUAUCUACCCGAGGCAGACCUAAAGAAACUUUGCAAUAUGGUCUGUCAGAUUCUGAUUGAAGAGAACAAUGUACAGCCAGUAUCAUCGCCGGUUACGGUUUGCGGGGAUAUUCAUGGCCAGUUCUACGAUCUUGAAGAGCUAUUCCGAUGUGGAGGACAUGUUCCGGACACCAAUUAUGUAUUUAUGGGCGAUUUUGUUGAUCGAGGAUAUUACUCGCUGGAAACCUUCACCCGGCUUCUGACUCUUAAAGCGAAGUAUCCAAAAAAGAUGACAUUGCUUCGUGGAAAUCACGAAUCUCGUCAGAUCACGCAAGUUUAUGGAUUUUACGAUGAGUGCCAGCAAAAGUAUGGAAACGCCAAUGCGUGGAAAUACUGCUGUAAGGUUUUCGACUUACUGACACUAGCGGCGAUCAUCGACGGAGAAAUAUUUUGCGUUCAUGGGGGACUUAGCCCAGAAAUUAAGGCGCUUGAUCAGAUCCGCACAAUUCAACGGAACCAGGAAAUCCCACAUAAAGGCGCGUUUUGUGAUUUGGUGUGGUCGGAUCCCGAUGAAGUGGAGACGUGGAGCUGCUCUCCGCGGGGAGCCGGAUGGUUAUUCGGAGCAAAAGCAACUCAUGAAUUCAUGACUUACAAUUCUCUUAGUCUCAUUUGUCGAGCUCACCAACUUGUCCACGAAGGGUACAAAUAUAUGUUCGAAGAUAAACUCGUUACUGUCUGGUCGGCACCUAACUACUGUUAUAGAUGUGGCAAUGUGGCCGCCGUGCUGGAGAUCUCGAACGAUCAGAAGAAAAACCCAAAGAUCUUUAAUGCGGUUCCCGAUCACGAACGGGUAAUUCCAGAACGUCAUAUUGCGCCAUAUUUUUUGUAGAUAGAUAGGUAUAAAAAGAAAUUUAAGAAAUUACGGCGACGGAGGGGAUCAGGAAGCUGACAAGAAAAUGAAACGAUGAAAACUGAUGAAGCUUAUACACUCCUAUAGUACGUAUAGUGGGAAAGUAAUUAUUGCGCACCAUAUACCUGCUAUAAUUAUUGAGCUCUAAUUUGUAUUUAGACCAAAAUUAACAUUUAGUAGAGAGUCGACAGAAGGAGCUGAGUCGUUGCAGUCGCUAACACUGUAAGAGGGAUGCAGAUUCACUCGUGUGUUCCAUUAGAGUAGGUCUUGUAAAAAGCAUGAUCCCCAGCACACGCAGCGGUUCCAGAUCUAGCCAAAGAACAGACGACUUUAUUGAGUUCGAAUGCGGGCGAUGUUGUUGCUCAUGUCUAAAUGAUAAACGAUGUUAAUAGGUGUCCUCGCAGGGGUACACACCUGUCCCCAUACAAAUAGUGUGAUUAGAUAGAGAGGGACGCAAUUUUGCAGAGAAUGAAAUUUUUUAUAUUGAUUUAAACUAUUGAAAAAUAAAUGCUAUGUUAACAAUAUUUACUCAAGCAGAAAUUGACAUAAAGUAAUAUUGACUCGGCGCUAGCAGACGACAGUUCCCUUUACAAACCCUGUAGAAAUCUUAGCUUUGCUUUUACUUUGUAUUAGUGUUGGUGUCGUUAUUGCAGAUAAGCCAAAAAUGAAUUUUGAAAAAGAAAUAUAUGCAUGAUAGUUAUAAUAAUAAGCGCUGGUACGCAAAAAAAAUAGAAAAUGAGCGCCAAGAAGCCUCUAAUCGACAAAAGGAAGUACUCUAAUCGAAGAUGUACCCUAUUCAAAGCACAAUUAUAGACAGACGGAAGUAUUAAACAGUAUCGUACUAACUCUCAGCAAACAAUACAAAGCCGCAUACUAUCUAUAGACACAUUUCGUUAAUGUAGAGUAGUACUAUAGGGUGAAGAAAUAGGUGCUGAUUAGAUCUGGAAUGCAGAUACAUAACACGAAAAACAAACAGGGGGUACAAAGCUUAGCAGAUAUCCAUGUGGAUAAGCAAAGGGUGGGUGAUGGAGUCAGAAUGGUAUCAAAAGGUUCACAGAAUAGCGCGAAAGCUCAUCAGGAAGGCUGGUCACGUGUGUAGAUUAUUCUCCAAUCUGUUAAAUAUUAAUAAUGAUUAUAAUAUUAGUGGUGUUCAAAGGCAGCCUUCAAAGGAGCUGAACUGAAGUCUGAUCUGCGUGUAUGUGUUUUACAAUGGCGACGUACAAGCGUAUAUAAAUUUUGAGUAGCAUAUUAUUAUAUUGCAUUAAAUUAAUGUUAUUAGCAGCAAUGGCCGUAAAUCUGUAGAAAAAACACAAUGUGCUAUCGUUUGAGUUUGAACGUGAAUAUUGUGAUAAUUUAGAAAUUAAUUAAUAACAUUAUGGUUAUAAAUAAAGAGAAUAAUGAGAUAA